UGCUCUAUAGUGAAUCUUGUAAAGCAAUGCUGGACGGCAUGGCUGCGGCUAUCAAGGAGAUGAAUCCAGAUAUUGUAUCUCUGAUCCGUAUCGUCAUCCUGGAAAAACUGGUCUUUCAGGCUUUCAGAUCAGAGCUGGAUAAUCGCUGUCAGCAGGAUGACGUUCAGAACUGGUUCAGCUUUCUAGGCUUCUCUAAACAACCAAGAAAGAAAAUACUGGACAUGUAUUUAGGAAGCUCAUCGUCUACAUCACCUCGAGACCAAACGGAUGAGCUUCCAGAGGGAGCAAAGUGGGCGAUUGAAGAUGAAAGUGGAGAAUUGCUGGAACUCUGCCUGCUUGACAAGGAAGCAGACACAAAGAAAGAAUUGUCUUUGGAUAUGUCGACAAAGGAUGGGAAACGCUUCACAGUAAACCUAAAAACCAGAGAAGCAACAGAGUGUUUGACAGGCAAAUCGUACAAAAUGAAAAACAUGGCAACCGAGUCUGACGGUGUGUCUUCUCCUUUGUCGCUGGAGUUACCGCCACACUGGGAACCUAUGAUUGGGCAGCACUUUAAAAAGGUAGAGUUAGACCCUAAAUCGCCUGAGUAUCAGGAAGUGGCCAACAAUUUCCAUAAAACUACUUCCUACAACAUUCACAAGAUUGAGCGAGUGCAGAACGUCUACCUGUGGCACGCCUUCAGCAUCUGCCGGCGCCGUAUACUUUCCAAGAACGGCGAAGCAGACCUGGGUGAAAGGUUUCUCUACCACGGCACAUCUGCAAAAUCAUGCAAAACCAUCGAAAGAGACCGAUUCGACAGGAAUUACGCAGGACAGCAUGCUGCAGCAUACGGAAAGGGGGUGUACUUCGCUGUCCAUGCAAAUUACUCAGCUACCAGCUUUUCCUUAGCAGACGAGUCGGGCCUAAAGCGACUGUACUAUGCGCGUGUUAUUACUGGCCGCUACACAGUUGGUAAUUCCACCAUGAAAGCCCCCCCUCCUCGAGGUGCAGACCCUACCGACUGCUUCGACAGCUUGGUAAACCAUCAGGUGCAGCCUGUCAUCUUUGUUAUCUUCCACGACGACCAGGCCUACCCAGAAUACCUCAUCACCUUCAGCUGAGCAAAACCAAGGACACUCGGAAACGUUCACACCUUGCAAUUCACAAUCACUGGAUACUCAUUGUGAUAUUCCUCUUCUCUGUGCCUGCGAUUUGAUUUUAAAAUCCCACAAUUUGGGCUUCUCCACCUCUACCUCUCAUGCACUGUUCACCAAACAUUUUACCAACCGGAUCUGGAUGAUUGACUAUUGCAUGGGAGAGAGGAAAAAAAAAAGCAAUUCUUUGACAAGAUACUCACUUUUUGUCAGGCACAACCGAUCACUUUUUCUACUGAUGGCCAAAUUUUGCUGUCGGUAUAGUGCUACUUCUAAAACCAGUGGAGCGUGACAUCCAAAAAUGUACAAUAAGUUACAAAAAGUUAUGUGAACAGAUUUUAUCCUGCCUGUGUUUUGAAAUCUUGUUUUACAGAUUUGCAGCAAACUAGACAAGUUUCAACUUGCUGUAUCUGUUAAGUGCUUUACUGACUAUUACAAAGAAAAGGGGGCUUUCCAAAGCUCUCUGAGGUUUUCUUGGUUACUGGAUUACUUUAUUAUUAUUAUUAUUAUUAUUAUUAUUAUUAUUAUUAUUAUUAUUAUUAUUAUUAUUAUUUCUGUGUCACUUAGUCCUGACUAAUGAAUUUCGAUUCGCCAGUCAUGACCGCAAUGAUGCUCACUGGAAUAUUCAAAAAUUUACAAAACCUCCCUUUGUCUUCAAUGUAGUUAGUAUUGUUUUUUGGUGGUUUUAAGAUUCUAAAGGUCUAAAGAGAAAUGUUUAAGGUAAUCACUUUCAGCUAAGUUAGUUGAUUUUAAUUUGACUGUUACAAGGAGGAUUGCUUUCUAGAUCAGAGCAAUCCUCCACAUCUUGUCAGUUGUUAGACACUUUUCCCCAUUAUCCUUCCACUGCAGUACACAUAAUCUCUUUUUAAUUGGUUUGGCCUAGUUUUUCAGACCUGAUUGUGUCGUGUGGUUGGAUUGUGACCCCCAGCUCGAAUGGGAAGUGGCGUUGCCAGAAAGGAGAGACGUCACACCCAGGAUUGUUUGUUUCUAUUAACAGCCAAUUAGUUAAUAAACCAUUUAGCUUAUUAACUAAGAGUUUGACAGAAAGAUCAUACAACCAUGAAUGGACUGCUUUAUUUUAACACUUUUGUGUUUGAAAUAUAUGGACUCAGCUUAUUGGCUUUGUCUGGGCUGCUUAUGAUAGUCUUACAUUACUGGUGAUUUAUUACUGUACUUUUUACUAUGUUUUACAAAGCUAUUGUGGUCAAUAAUUUUUUUUUUUAUUAUUAUUUUAUUUUUUGUACCAGACACAGAAGCGGUUUAAAGUAUUCGUGAAAUUUUUCAAAUGUGAAAAUACAAAUGUCUAAAUUCAACAUUUUAUUUAGAGCACGUUUUGCUGAACAGAUCAUGUAAAGUGAUGUACGUUAGUGGAUUCAGAGGGCUGAAAACGCCCUUCCAAUGUGUAACACACACUGAGCACAUAUUGGUCAGACGUUUGUCUAUAGGACAAAAAAAUAAAAAAUAUUUACAAACUA